GUGGGGGAGGGGCACUUAGUAAAGACUCCCCCCUUUGAUGGAGAGGAGUGCCUUUGUUCCGAUUGGCCACUCUUAAACAGGGAAGAAUCUCGCAGAGGGGAACAGUAUGGUAUCGUAGCUUUUUUUGUUGUCUGCUUUGUUAUAGGAGAAAGGAGUCUGAGGAGUGAUUCUGAGCCUGAAAACAGGGGAAGGAGGAGGAGGAGGGAAGUGAGAGCGACUCAAUAGGAGAGGGAGGAGGAGGACGCAAGACAGAGGAGAGAGAAGGAUGGAAAGAGAGAUGAGGUGGGAAAGCGGGAGUGGGUAAGAGGGAAGGAAAGACAGGGAAAGGGAGUAAGAGCGGGAGAGACAGGAGGAGAGAGGGGGGCUGUAUGGGGAGGGGCCUAACUCAGAGGUGCAGCACGAGAGAGAGAGAGAGAGAGAGUGAGAGAGAGAGAGGAAGGGAGAGAGGGAGAGCGAGCGAGCAGGAGAGACAACCAGGAUAUACAAAGAUCCACGGCGAGGGAUGCACAGCACACGCUUAUUCGAGCGCUCUCCGUCUCCUCCAGGACUGCCUUGUUUACAAACCCAGCCCCCUGCCCCCCCGUCCGCCCCCCCACCCUCGCCCGAGCGCCUCCUCCCCCUCACCGCCUGCUACAGCCAGCGUGCGCCUCGAGGAGCCCAAAAAGGAGGCGAUAAGCUCUCUCCUCCGUGGCUGCGUUCGCCCACCUCCUCUUCCUCCUCCUCCCGCUCCUCCUCUUCGUCCCGCCAAUUAAGGUUCUCUCUUUUUUUCGGGAGGCUUUGAGGACAGAACGGGACGAGGUCCCCAGAGGGUCGGUACCUGGGGCAUGGGGUACCUGGGAACGGGACACCUGGACAUGGGGCACCUGGUCUGGCUGCUGUGUUUCAGCUCUCUGGCCCUCAGCUACGCUGCAGGCGGGGAUGUGUGUGUCUCUGGCCAUGACAGCGGCCCCGUGUUCGAGGGCCAGCCGUCCAACGUCCUCUUCCCCGAGGGCCUGACCGAGGAGCCCGUCAUCUUCACCUGCCAGGCCCGAGCCAGCCCUGCUGCCACCUACAGGUGGAAGGUGAACGGGACGGACGUGCCGCUGGGCGGGGACUCGCGCUACACCCUGGUGGCGGGAAACCUGCUGAUUGGUGGCCCCCAGCGGGGCCGGGACGCGGGGUCCUACCAGUGCCUCGCCUCAAACCGCUGCGGGACCGUCCUGAGCCAGCCCGCCAACCUCCGAUUCGGCUAUGUCCACCCCUUCCCUUCGGAUCCCAGGAUCCCACAGGCUGUGUCUGAGGGGGCAGGAAGUACCCUAAGCUGCCAGCCGCCAGCUCAUUACCCAGUCCUGUCCUACCGAUGGUUCUUCAACGAGUUCCCCGUGUUCGUGAAGCCGGACGGGGGCCGCUGGUUCAUCUCCCAGGUGACGGGGAACCUGCACCUGGCCAAGGCGGAGCUGAAGGACACGGGCGACUACUACUGCUUCACGACCAAUCACAUGGACGUCCACACCAAGAGCGUCUUCAGCAGAGCCAAUCAGCUCACAGUUCUGCCCGACGCGAACCCCAGGAAGUCGGCUCCCAAAAUCAAAGUGCGGUUCCCCCCAGAGACCUACACCCUGACAGGGGAGACCGCGCGCCUGGAGUGCUUCGCCUACGGCAACCCGGUCCCAGCCCUACGCUGGAGAAAAGUGGACGGCUCCCUGCCCCCCAAGGUCGUCCCGAGCGCGGACACCCCCACGCUGACCAUCCCCAACCUCGGCUUCGAGGACGAGGGGACGUACGAGUGCGAGGCCAAAAACGCGGAAGGCCAGGACAGCUACCAGGGCCGAAUCAUUGUGCAAGCUCGGCCCGAGUGGACGGAGGUGAUGAGCAACUCGGAGGUGGAGAUCAGCUCGGAGAUGCGCUGGAGCUGCGCAGCUGCCGGGAAGCCCAAGCCCUCCAUUCACUGGCUGCGCAACGGCCUGCCUCUCAGAACGCAGGAUAGAAUCGAGGUCAACGGCGGGCAGCUGCGGAUCAGCCACCUGACCCUGGAGGAUUCUGGGAUGUACCAGUGUGUGGCGGAGAACAAGCACGGCACCAUCUACUCCAACGCUGAGCUGCGGGUCCAAGUCCAGGCUCCAGAUUUUCGGCUCAGCCCGGUGCGGAGGCUGGUCCCGGCGGCCCGUGGGGGGCGGGCGGUGAUCGAGUGCAGCCCCCGCGCCGCCCCCAAACCCACCCUGUUCUGGAGCCGCGGCACCGAGCUGCUCACCAACAGCAGCAGGGUGACGGUCACUCCGGAAGGAAACCUCUGGAUCACCAACAUCAGCCGGGCGGACGAGGGGAAGUACACCUGCUUCGCGGAGAACUACCUGGGCAAGGCCAACAGCACGGGGGUCCUCUCUGUCCGAGAUGCGACCAAGAUCACCCUGGCCCCUUCCAACGCCGACAUCAACCAGGGCGAGAACGUCACGCUGCAGUGUCACGCGUCACAUGACCCGAGCAUGGACCUCACCUUCACCUGGUCCCUGAACGGGGUCCCCCUGGACCCGGAGAAAUCCGGCGGGCACUACCGUCGCCUGGAGGCCGUGAGUUCUGACCCUCGUUCUGGGCACAGGGGCGCAGGACUGUCGUCCUCACAGAGCAAACCACAGAAAGAGACGAUUGGUGACCUGCUGAUUGUGAACGGCCAGCUGAGGCAUGCUGGGAAGUACGCCUGCACGGCCCAGACGGUGGUGGACAGCACCUCUGCUGCGGCCCGGCUGGUGGUCCGAGGUCCUCCGGGGCCACCAGGGGGCGUAGUCAUCAAAGACGUGAACGAGACGGUGGUGGAACUGGGCUGGAGCCGGGGCUACGACAACCACAGCCCCAUCGGGAAGUACGUCGUCAGGGGCAGAUCGCCUCUGGCGCCUGGCUGGAAACAGAUGAGGACCGACCCGCCCACCAUUGAAGGAAAUGCCGAAUCGGCGCACGUGAUUGGCCUGCUGCCCUGGAUGGACUACGAGUUCCAGGUGGUCGCCAGCAACAUCCUGGGCAGCGGGGAGCCCAGCAUGCCCUCGGCGACGGUGCGCACGCGACAGGCAGCUCCUACUGUGGCCCCCAGCGGACUUGGAGGAGGAGGCGGAGACCGAAACGAGCUCAUCAUCACCUGGACGCCCGUGGCCAGGGAGUACCAGAACGGGGACGGCUUCGGCUACAUUCUGGCCUUCCGCAAGCGUGGCGCCCCCUUGUGGCUGGUGGAGAGGGUGGCAGGAGCGGACUCCACGCGCUUGAUCUACAACAACCAGAGCCUGUCCCUCUACUGCCCCUUCGAGGUCAAGAUCAAGGCCUACAACAGCCAGGGGGAGGGGCCGUUCAGCCAGACCGCCACGGUCUACUCCGCGGAGGAAGAGCCCACCGACGCCCCCCGGAGGAUCAACGCCUCCGCCCUAACGGCCUUUGAGAUCAUGGUGUCCUGGGACCCCGUGGAACACGUGACCCCCUACGGUGCCGUACAGGGCUAUGAGAUUCGGUACUGGCGCCCCCAGGACAGGCGGGAGGCGGCGGACCGGGUGCGGACGGCGGGUUUGGAGAGCACGGCGCGCGUCUCGGGCCUCAGGCCCGUCACGCUCUACUACGUCACCGUCCUGGCCUACAACAGCGCGGGAACCGGGCCCCCGUCCCCCCAAACCUUCGUCACCACCAAGAAACCCCCACCAGACCGACCCCCGGGAAACGUCUCCUGGAGGUCCGAUGGUUCCUGGGUGACAGUGAUAUGGGAUCACGUCAAGGCGCUGCAGAACGAGUCAGCUGUACUGGGAUACAAAAUCCUGUACAGGCACGAGGGGCAGCACGCUCUCAAAGUCCUGGAGAAGAACAGGAGAUCCAUCAGCCUUCCACUGCCCAAGGACGACAGCCACGUGGUUCUGGAGAUCUGCGCCUGGGGGGAGGGGGGCAAUGGACCCCCCCACGAGACCAUCGUGUCCCGGGACUCAGGUACCGGAAUGAUGGUUCAGAACUCAGCCGGACUCCUCGGGCUGAGCCACACCCUCCUGUGCACUGCUGCUGUAUUGCUCUCUCUCAUUGGCUUAGGAGGGCUCUGACUUUGGCCAAUCCCGCACUGGAUCCCUUUGACAACUUUGAGCCUGUUGGUCAGAUUCACUUGACUUAAUUUAUAGACUGAAGUGGCUUAGUUGGGGAAGGGGAGGGGUGGGGAGGGGAGGGAGUGAAGGGAGGAGGGAGAGGGUGGAAGAGAAGAACCUUUUGUUAAUUUUAUAAGAAAGAAAAACAAAAAACAAAUUUGUACGUUUUGGCUUGCGCUAGCUUCACAACACUUGGGAAGACUUGGGAAACCAUAAAAAGACUACAUGAUUGUGAUUUUAUAAAUAACCUACGUAAGAACAUGCCUUAUAGGAAUGACAUGAUUGUCUUAUUGUUUUGUCCCUUCUACGGAGCUAAUAAUUCAUCGUGUAGUGCCCGGUAUGCCUCUGCUUGCUUCCCGCUCUUUCCGUUACCUGGGAAACAAACAGGUCCAUUUCAAACCCCAAGGCCACUCGACUGUUCACGGCCAGAACAAGAAGAGGCAGGGGAGCGUCUGUGAGCACAAACCUGCAGUGUUCAUUUCUAUCGUAGCAUUUCUCUACAAACGCUUUUUGUCUACGAAUAUUGCUCGCUUUUCGUGCCAACCUAUCGUUACCUGGCCUAUACACUUCUACCACAGCUGCAGUACUUGAUUCCGAUUGGCCCCAAAAGACGGUUGAUUGUUCAUCGAUGACCUGCCUGGAGAAAAGUUGAAAUGCUCUGCAAAGUAGUUCCGGUUAAAGAGGCCUUAGCACCAUUCCAAAUUAAUGUGCAAAGCCCAUUCAACACUCAGUCUCAAGCAAACAUUCCAUUUACAUCUGGAAUUAAUGGCAAAAGAGGAACUAUUCGACAACAACAAUGUGGUGCCACAAUACUUCUGUUUAAUUGUAUUUGCGUGUUGAGUUACUUCUGUUGUUGCUAGCUGUGGUAUGAGCGCAAGCUGUUCAGUACUUCAAUGCAGUUAACAGCCUGUUCACUUUGUCUUGGGGACCAUAUCUGUUGUAAUCUAUAUUCAUACAAUUGCACUGGCUGUCGUAAGUGUUUUAUUUAACACAAACCGCUCUGGUUUAGUGAAAGCCAAAGUGUUCAGAAGUCUAAUUUCAUCCAUGUUUUUUAAAUUAAUUUUUUUACGUGAUUCCAUUAAGGAUUGUUUUCUUUUUUCCCUUUGCUACAAAGGAAGGGAGGGUUUCAGUGUUGUUCCCUCACCUUGUACUCAACAGUAAAUCCUCUUGUCGGUUUUGGGGCCUGUUGGUGGCAGCUGCGUCUGUUGCGUGGUCUUCCUGCACAGUGACUGCAGCAGCUGCGUCUGUUGCGCAGUCUUCCUGCGCAGUGACUGCAGCAGCUGCAUCUGUUGCGCAGUCUUCCUGCGCAGUGGCAGCCACAGUUCGGCUGGAGGCCUAUUGAGGGCAGAGAGGCAGUUUGACCACAGACAAUUAACAGACAGGCCUACGGUCGCCAUUUUGAAUUCAGACUUGGGAAGAAAAGCGAAAGUUAGGGGAGAAGAACGCCAAAGAAAAGUCGUGUGUGGAGGCGAGGCGGUGGAUGGUGUGUGGACGGUAGCUGUGAUGCAGAAUCGCUGGUCUCAGACGCAGCCUGCUCUCAUAAUGAUCCUUUAAUGGCCUUUAUCGGCGGGGACUGAAGACAAAUGAGCAGUCUGUCCUACAUACGUACAGCGCAGCAUGUCGAGGGACCUGCGGGGAGACACACUCAGACAAAGUGUCCCGUUCGUUAUAUAAGUCUGCACUUAUUUAUUUAUUUAUUUAUUUACCUAUUUAUUUUUUAUUCUUUCAGCAUCAGGGACACUGUAAUGUAGUGUAAUGCCAGGCAGUUCUGAAUUCUGAUGCAUAGGCGUGAAUUUUAUCAUAGCAACGGCAGACUGUAGGCUGAUGUUUAUCGGUAGACUGUGAACAUGUCAAAUAAUCUUGAAUAAUGAGUAUUAAUGAGAAGGCCGAACACUGAAUAUUAAUGAGGAGGCCGACCACUGAAUAUUAAUGAGAAUGCCGAACACUGAAUAUUAAUGAGAAUGCCGAACACUGAAUAUUAAUGAGGAGACCUAACACUGAAUAUGAAUGGGAAGGCCUAACAUUGAAUAUUAAUGAGGAAGCCUAACACUGAAUAUUAAUGAAGUGGCCGAACACUGAAUAUUAACGAGAAGGCUGAACACUGAAUAUUAAUGAGAAGGCCUAACAUUGAAUAUUAAUGAGGAAGCCUAACACUGAAUAUUAAUGAAGUGGCCGAACACUGAAUAUUAACGAGAAGGCAGGGAGAAGGUAAGGCCUGAUGAGCUCAGUGAUGACAGAGUUGAGUCGUGCCGAAAACAGCAUACUUUCCUACUAUUGUGUAUAGUAUAGUACAACUUGUAUGCUCAAUAGUGGGCAAGCAAGCUAUUUCGGGCUUGGCCUUGAAGUUUUAAUAAUGUUUGCAAAGGCUCCAUGACGCCUGAAAGGGAACCUGUGCCUGGAAGUAGGUUGAUGAUUUUAUUGGCUGUGCCUGAGUGGGGCCAAUGCUUUUGACCAAUGAGAAACCCGUUUGAGUUUGUUCCCUGUUCCCAGAAACAUUAUUUUGUGCAGUGUCUCUGUAGCGGCUGCAGUACAGUCCUUUUACUGUGAAAAUGCUGAUCAGCCGGGACCAAGAUGUUUUGGUAUCUGCCAAAAACGAACGUCAUUCUGUUUUUCUGUCUUGAUUCUGUCUGCGUAGGUCAUUCGUAACCUGGCAUUUGCAGCUGAUUUGUCCCACACAAAGAAGGAAGUUGAGUUGGGGAUGUUUCUGCAAUCGUGCUUCAUGUGUUACAUAAUGACCAUUAAAAUGACUUUAAUGGAAAAAAAAG